AUGACCAAUUUUCAACAUCCUUUGACUUUUACUUUUGGCAUUUUAGGAAACCUCAUAUCCCUCAUGGUGUAUCUUGCUCCUGCGCCAACGUUUUACAGGAUCGUGAAUCAAAGAUCGACCGAAGGGUUUCAGUCGUUACCAUACGUCGUGGCUCUAUUCAGCUCGAUGAUUUGGAUAUAUUACGCUACUCUUAAAACCGAUGCGACCCUUCUCAUCACUAUUAACACCGUUGGUUGUGUCAUCGAGACUCUUUACAUUGCCAUAUACAUCGCUUACGCCCCCAAGAACGUUAAGAUUCAAACUACGAAGCUGGUUGUGUCGUUGAACUUUGUGGGAUUUUGGGUGAUCGCGCUUUCGACUCACUACCUAGCGGAAGGACCAACCCGAGCCGAGAUUCUUGGUUGGAUAUGUUUGGUCAUUUCUGUUAGCGUAUACGCAGCACCUCUAAGCAUCAUGAGAAAAGUGAUACAAACAAAGAGUGUAGAGUUCAUGCCAUUUGGGUUGUCAUUUUUCUUGGUUUUGAGUGCUAUUAUGUGGUUCUUCUAUGGCUUACUUCAAAAGGACAUCUAUAUUGCACUUCCGAACAUAAUAGGUUUCAUCCUUGGCGUACUCCAGAUCGUAUUAUAUCUGGUUUACAAGAAUUCUGGCAAGAAAACCAGUGGCGUAGAGGAAAAACUGCCGACUUCUGUUCCAACUUUCGAGGCACGUCCGGUCUGCAGUACCUCUAAACAUGAUGCAAACAGAGAAAUCAACAUAAAAGAUCAGACUGUGACGCUGAAAUGCAUCAAAGAAGAGGAUAUAGAAUCUCGGAUCAGUGAAUUACCAUCAGGGGUUUGUAGAACAGAACCCCCCAAUGAUUCGAUCGAAGAUGUUGUGAAAGAAGAUGUGAUCCUCGAGGCAUCAACGGGUUGUACUUCUAUGGUGCAACCCGUUGAUGCAUUCAGUUACUGCAACAAAAGGAAAAGCAUGGAGCCACCUAACCAAGUUUAUCUUAUAGAAAGUGGAGUUUAA